AUGGUUUCAACGAAUGGCUCGUUGACAUCGGCCUUCUUCACGGACUUACCUCGCAAAGCCGAAAUGGAUCUGACCUCGAGGCAAGCCUUCAAGUUCGUGUACUUGCACCUUCGCCGCUACGGCACUCACAAAAUCAUGGCCAAAGAACUACCCGUGGAAAGAGGUGCAAUUCAUUUACGUUUGCAAGCGUUGAAAAAUCGUAUUUCAAGAAAAAGUUGUCCUCCAACUCGUAAAGAAACGAUCAAGAGUGCUCCAAGUGCAACAAUCUCUUCAAUUGCUGUUUCUCUACCGCCAAUUCCUUAUCUCCAUUCAUGCGAGGAUCGAAGCAGUAAUCUUGGCCACAUCGGAGCUUCGAAGCAGAUCGAAGCAGUAAUCUUGAGCUCAUCGCCAACUAUCGAAGUCGAGCUGAUUUUGAUC